AUGUUUCUCAGUAAGGAGGGUGGACGGACAAAAUAUGUUCCAACCAGUAAAUCAUUUUAUGAGUGGGACUGCACAGCGCUGUUUGAAGCCACUCUCUAUGCUCAAAGUUUUGCCAUGCCAGACAAGAGUGGAGUCUUGACUACUUUAGACAAACUGUACGUGAAACCCCGUCGUUUACCGAGUGGAACAUUUCACCCUGUCAUUUCAAGCCCUUCUGGAAACCAGACCGAGACGUUUGCGUUAUCGUUGGACCAGCUCCGUCUGCUGCGCAACACACUCUUUCACCAGACAAGUACCCAAAAGAUUGACAAGAAAACGUUUGAUCAUUAUAUACAGUUGGCGAAAGAUGCAUUUGCUGCACUUGGACAAGACACAACCAGGAUUGAUGAGAUCGGAAAGCUUGACGAGGAAGACUUUCCUACUUCCAGGCUUCAAAAGCUGGAAGAAGAGUUGAGGAGAGAAAGGGAUGCUGCCAUCAAGUUCAAGCAAAUCAGUGAUCACCUCGUCCAGAUCGAGUCUCAAAUUAAAACUGUUGGAUCAGAUAUGAAAACGGCAGUAACAGAUAUGCAGAAUAAAGUGGAAGAAGUGGGGUCAGACGUAACAACUGCAGUAACAGAUGUGGAAAAUAAAGUGGAAGAAGUCGCGUCAGAUGUGAAAACGGCAGUAACAGAUGUGCAGAAUAAAGUGGAAGAAGUAGGGUCAGACGUAACAACAGCAGUAACAGAUGUGGAAAAGAAAGUGGAAGAAGUCGCGUCAGAUGUGAAAACGGCAGUAACAGAUAUGCAGAAUAAAGUGGAAGAAGUAGGGUCAGACGUAACAACAGCAGUAACAGAUGUGGAAAAGAAAGUGGAAGAAGUCGGGUCAGAUAUGAAAACGGCAGUAACAGAUAUGCAGAAUAAAGUGGAAGAAGUAGGGUCAGACGUAACAACUGCAGUAACAGAUGUGGAAAAGAAAGUGGAAGAAGUCGCGUCAGAUGUGAAAACGGCAGUAACAGAUAUGCAGAAUAAAGUGGAAGAAGUAGGGUCAGACGUAACAACAGCAGUAACAGAUGUGGAAAAGAAAGUGGGAGAAGUCGCAUCAGAUAUGAAAACGGCAGUAACAGAUAUGCAGAAUAAAGUGGAAGAAGUAGGGUCAGACGUAACAACUGCAGUAACAGAUGUGGAAAAGAAAGUGGAAGAAGUCGCGUCAGAUAUGAAAACGGCAGUAACAGAUAUGCAGAAUAAAGUGGAAGAAGUGGGGUCACACGUAACAACUGCAGUAACAGAUGUGGAAAAGAAAGUGGAAGAAGUCGCGUCAGAUGUGAAAACGGCAGUAACAGAUAUGAAGAAUAAAGUGGAAGAAGUGGGGUCGGACGUAACAACUGCAGUAACAGAUGUGGAAAAGAAAGUGGAAGAAGUCGCGUCACAGGUGAAAACGGCAGUAACAGAUAUGCAGAAUAAAGUGGAAGAAGUAGGGUCAGACGUAACAACAGCAGUAACAGAUGUGGAAAAGAAAGUGGAAGAAGUCGCGUCAGAUGUGAAAACGGCAGUAACAGAUAUGCAGAAUAAAGUGGAAGAAGUGGGGUCGGACGUAACAACUGCAGUAACAGAUGUGGAAAAGAAAGUGGAAGAAGUCGCGUCAGAUGUGAAAACGGCAGUAACAGAUAUGCAGAAUAAAGUGGAAGAAGUAGGGUCAGACGUAACAACAGCAGUAACAGAUGUGGAAAAGAAAGUGGAAGAAGUCGCGUCAGAUAUGAAAACGGCAGUAACAGAUAUGCAGAAUAAAGUGGAAGAAGUAGGGUCAGACGUAACAACAGCAGUAACAGAUGUGGAAAAGAAAGUGGAAGAAGUCGCGUCAGAUGUGAAAACGGCAGUAACAGAUAUGCAGAAUAAAGUGGAAGAAGUGGGGUCAGACGUAACAACUGCAGUAACAGAUGUGGAAAAGAAAGUGGAAGAAGUCGCGUCAGAUGUGAAAACGGCAGUAACAGAUAUGCAGAAUAAAGUGGAAGAAGUAGGGUCACACGUAACAACUGCAGUAACAGAUGUGGAAAAGAAAGUGGAAGAAGUCGCGUCAGAUGUGAAAACGGCAGUAACAGAUAUGCAGAAUAAAGUGGAAGAAGUAGGGUCAGACGUAACAACAGCAGUAACAGAUGUGGAAAAGAAAGUGGAAGAAGUCGGGUCAGAUGUGAAAACGGCAGUAACAGAUAUGCAGAAUAAAGUGGAAGAAGUAGGGUCAGACGUAACAACUGCAGUAAUAGAUGUGGAAAAUAAAGUGGAAGAAGUCGCGUCAGAUGUGAAAACGGCAGUAACAGAUAUGCAGAAUAAAGUGGAAGAAGUAGGGUCAGACGUAACAACAGCAGUAACAGAUGUGGAAAAGAAAGUGGAAGAAGUCGCGUCAGAUGUGAAAACGGCAGUAACAGAUAUGCAGAAUAAAGUGGAAGAAGUAGGGUCAGACGUAACAACUGCAGUAACAGAUGUCAGGAAAAAGAAAGAUGGAAUAAAGUCGCGUCAGAUAACAAAAUAAAAACAGCAGUAACAGAUGUGCAGAAGAACAACAGAUGGAAAAGUGGUAAUGCAGAAUAAGGUGGAAGAAGUGAGGUCAGACGUAACAACUGCAGUAACAGAUGUGGAAAAGAAAGUGGAAGAAGUCGCGUCAGAUAUGAAAACGGCAGUAACAGAUAUGCAGAAUAAAGUGGAAGAAGUAGGGUCAGACGUAACAACAGCAGUAACAGAUGUGGAAAAGAAAGUGGAAGAAGUCGCGUCAGAUGAAAACGGCAGUAACAGAUAUGCAGAAUAAGGUGGAAGAAGUGGGAGGGUCAGACGUAACAACAGCAGUAACAGAUGUGGAAAAGAAAGUGGAAGAAGUCGCGUCAGAUAUGAAAACGGCAGUAACAGAUAUGCAGAAUAAAGUGGAAGAAGUAGGGUCACACGUAACAACAGCAGUAACAGAUGUGGAAAAGAAAGUGGAAGAAGUCGCGUCAGAUGUGAAAACGGCAGUAACAGAUAUGAAGAAUAAAGUGGAAGAAGUAGGGUCAGACGUAACAACUGCAGUAACAGAUGUGGAAAAGAAAGUGGAAGAAGUCGCGUCAGAGGUGAAAACGGCAGUAACAGAUAUGCAGAAUAAAGUGGAAGAAGUAGGGUCAGACGUAACAACAGCAGUAACAGAUGUGGAAAAGAAAGUGGAAGAAGUCGCGUCAGAUGUGAAAACGGCAGUAACAGAUAUGCAGAAUAAAGUGGAAGAAGUGGGGUCGGACGUAACAACUGCAGUAACAGAUGUGGAAAAGAAAGUGGAAGAAGUCGCGUCAGAUGUGAAAACGGCAGUAACAGAUAUGCAGAAUAAAGUGGAAGAAGUAGGGUCAGACGUAACAACAGCAGUAACAGAUGUGGAAAAGAAAGUGGAAGAAGUCGCGUCAGAUAUGAAAACGGCAGUAACAGAUAUGCAGAAUAAAGUGGAAGAAGUAGGGUCAGACGUAACAACAGCAGUAACAGAUGUGGAAAAGAAAGUGGAAGAAGUCGCGUCAGAUGUGAAAACGGCAGUAACAGAUAUGCAGAAUAAAGUGGAAGAAGUGGGGUCAGACGUAACAACUGCAGUAACAGAUGUGGAAAAGAAAGUGGAAGAAGUCGCGUCAGAUGUGAAAACGGCAGUAACAGAUAUGCAGAAUAAAGUGGAAGAAGUAGGGUCACACGUAACAACUGCAGUAACAGAUGUGGAAAAGAAAGUGGAAGAAGUCGCGUCAGAUGUGAAAACGGCAGUAACAGAUAUGCAGAAUAAAGUGGAAGAAGUAGGGUCAGACGUAACAACAGCAGUAACAGAUGUGGAAAAGAAAGUGGAAGAAGUCGGGUCAGAUGUGAAAACGGCAGUAACAGAUAUGCAGAAUAAAGUGGAAGAAGUAGGGUCAGACGUAACAACUGCAGUAAUAGAUGUGGAAAAUAAAGUGGGGAAGAAGUCGCGUCAGAUGUGAAAACGGCAGUAACAGAUAUGCAGAAUAAAGUGGAAGAAGUAGGGUCAGACGUAACAACAGCAGUAACAGAUGUGGAAAAGAAAGUGGAAGAAGUCGCGUCAGAUGUGAAAACGGCAGUAACAGAUAUGCAGAAUAAAGUGGAAGAAGUAGGGUCAGACGUAACAACUGCAGUAACAGAUGUGGAAAAGAAAGUGGAAGAAGUCGCGUCAGAUGUGAAAAUGGCAGUAACAGAUGUGCAGAAUAAAGUGGAGGAAGUAGGGUCAGACGUAACAACAGCAGUAACAGAUGUGGAAAAGAAAGUGGAAGACGUCGCGUCAGAUGUGAAAACGGCAGUAACAGAUAUGCAGAAUAAGGUGGAAGAAGUGAGGUCAGACGUAACAACUGCAGUAACAGAUGUGGAAAAGAAAGUGGAAGAAGUCGCGUCAGAUAUGAAAACGGCAGUAACAGAUAUGCAGAAUAAAGUGGAAGAAGUAGGGUCGACGUAACAACAGCAGUAACAGAUGUGGAAAAGAAAGUGGAAGAAGUCGGGUCAGAUAUAAAAAAACGGCAGUAACAGAUAUGCAGAAUAAAGUGGAAGAAGUAGGGUCAGACGCAAUAAACUGCAGUAACGAAUGUGGAAAAGAAAGUGGAAGAAGUCGCGUCAGAUGAAAACGGCAGUAACAGAUAUGCAGAAUAAAGUGAAGAAGUAGGGUCCAGACGUAACAACAGCAGUAACAGAUGUGGAAAAGAAAGUGGAAGACGUCGCGUCAGAUGUGAAAACGGCAGUAACAGAUAUGCAGAAUAAAGUGGAAGAAGUGAGGUCAGACGUAACAACUGCAGUAACAGAUGUGGAAAAGAAAGUGGAAGAAGUCGCGUCAGAUAUGAAAACGGCAGUAACAGAUAUGCAGAAUAAAGUGGAAGAAGUAGGGUCAGACGUAACAACAGCAGUAACAGAUGUGGAAAAGAAAGUGGAAGAAGUCGCGUCAGAUGUGAAAACGGCAGUAACAGAUAUGCAGAAUAAAGUGGAAGAAGUAGGGUCAGACGUAACAACUGCAGUAACAGAUGUGGAAAAGAAAGUGGAAGAAGUCGCGUCAGAUGUGAAAACGGCAGUAACAGAUAUGAAGAAUAAAGUGGAAGAAGUGGGGUCAGACGUAACAACUGCAGUAACAGAUGUGGAAAAGAAAGUGGAAGAAGUCGGGUCAGAUAUGAAAACGGCAGUAACACAUAUGCAGAAUAAAGUGGAAGAAGUAGGGUCAGACGUAACAACAGCAGUAACAGAUGUGGAAAAGAAAGUGGAAGAAGUCGCGUCAGAUAUGAAAACGACAGUCACACAUAUACAGAAUAAAGUGGAAGAAGUAGGGUCAGACGUAACAACAGCAGUAACAGAUGUGGAAAAGAAAGUGGAAGAAGUCGCGUCAGAUAUGAAAACGGCAGUGGCAAAAGUUGAACAUGUAGGGUUGGAACUAGCUAAAGUGAAAGCAAAUGUCGAUGACGUAAAACAAGCAGUGCAGGCGGGAAUCACAAAAGGUAAGAGUAGCAAUGCUUGUUUCUAUCAGUAUGCGAAACAAUAGCUGGAUUUAAUUCGUAAUGAUGCACAUGAUCCUCAGCCUCGUGAAGGAAACUACUUGGCUAGUUUUACACGCAUACAUUCUCUUUCAAAUGCAUGUAAAAAUAACUACAGAAGUGGAAACGAAUUGGUUGUGAUGUAGCACUCUACUAUGCAUGUUUCCAAACAUAGCAUACUCAACAGUAUCCAGAAAAAACAGAACAGGUUUGCAAACUCAGGCCACUUAAGGCAUGACUAUCUAAUUAAAUAUGCAUAUUUAGUAAAAUUAAACUACAAAUGUAGCUUAAUGGUCAUAGCAAUUUAAGACAUUUUAGAAGCUCAAAUUUUCGUCACGUGACUGAUAAUUGAGAAUUAACGAUCAAAAUAUUUACUCUAAAAUGGGGAAAGGAUAAUAAAAGAGCAACAAGUUCUUUUACGUACAUUUUAAAGGCCAAUGAAAAGGUUCUGAAAAAUUCGCCUUGUAUAUGUGUUCAUGUUAUAUGGGAAUCGGUAAAUAAAAAGAAAAGGGUUAAAUAGCCGAUAGGAUAAAUAGCAUUUUUAAUCACACAAGGCAAAUUUACGAUUUACAAUGUUUAUGUAACAUUUGGUAGGGAAAAUUCCUAAGUUUAAGGUUUACAACCCUUCCCCAUUUAGAAAAACGUGUUUUGUGACGUCAUUGACGAAGCAAUGUCAUGUGUAAUUUGAAAUCACGUUUCACUUGUGUUUUUCGUUGAGCCAAAUUUGUAGUUCACGUUUCAGGAUCACCGAUUCUUACUAAAAUGCAUAUUUAAUUAGGUAGUCAUGCCUUAAGUGGCCUGAGAAUUCUAAGAAGAACUCGCCUUUUUAAUUUAACUUAGAAAAACCGCAAAUUACGGCCCGAAAGUUUAGCAUUCUACUUCGUUAACCUUAGAAUAGAUUUUCCAGAAACAUUUGACGCUGGUAGCCACUAGUAAUUUGUCAUAUCAGAACGAUCAACCUGGCGCUGUUAUGUAAAAUACUAUCUUUUUCACUUUAUCAUUAAUUACAAAUUAAAGGAAUGAUCAUUCGCCGCAUUAUCACUUGCCUGUAUUUUCUCUCUAAGAUGUAUUUGUACCCGACUCUUCCAUACCUGAUGAAAUACCAAACUUUGUUGGCCGCGACAAAGAAUGUAAAGCAGUAGAAGACCAUUUAACAGAUGAAGUUACUCGACUGGUUAAUGUCUGGGGUCCACCUGGAUUUGGAAAAACAUCAGUGGCCAUCAGAGUAGCGCAUCACUUACAAGAGAAGAGUAUUCCAGCUUACUUUGUAUCCGUUCGUGGAAUGGAAAGUAAGGAAGAUUUAGUGUCAAAGCUGCUCAGUAUGUUCGCAGACGAUAAACAGGUCGGCCAUAUUUCAUCGUCUCACUUCAGUAUCCAAUGUUUACAGCAAGUUCAGAAUCCGUUUGUCUUGAUAUUCGACAACGCAGAUGAUUUACUGGAAUCUGGAGAUACCAAACGAAAAGAGCACGUGCUCCAAUUUAUUGAUGAGAUCCUCAAUCACUGCAAACAAAUCAAGCUUCUCUUAACCACUCGCGAAAGUCUAGACUACUUAAAGCACAAGCUACCCAUGUACUCAGAGAAAAUUAAUGUUCUGGAUAAAAUUUCGUCAGAAGAUCUAGUACGGCUGCUGCUACCAGAUGCAUCGGAUGAUGACUACAAUUGCAUUGUGAGGGAAUGUGGUAACGUUCCUAUGUCCAUGCGACUGAUGUGCAGCAUCAUUAAGGAAGAAAGUAUCUCCAUUGAUGUGCUUUUACAAGAACUAAAAAAUUCAACUCUGGUUGAAGUUUUGGACCAUGAGUACCUUCCAGAUGGUUUUCGGAUAAAAUCUGUAAUGAACAAAUCUUUCAAAACGCUUAUGGUUCGCGAAAGAGACGCAUUUGUUUCGCUUUCUGUUUUUCCUGAACGGUUUGGAGUAGAGGAAGCUCAAGCCAUAUUGAAUGAAAAAUCAGAGGUUCAGACCAAACAAAUAAUUCGAUCUUUAGAGCGAAAGUCCCUAAUAGACUGUGGAGAAAAUUUCACCCAUUUUACAAUCCAUUCACUAUUCCGGUCCUUCAUUCAGGAAGAAACAAAAAAUGAUCAGGCAGUUGAAGCUGUGUUUCGGAAUUCACAAAUUCAAUUCUACGACUAUUACAUUUCUCGCUGUAAAGUUGCUAAUGAACAUUUUCUGAAAGAACGUUACGGCGACGCCUUUAGAGAUUUCCUUGAUCGUCGAAGCAGCAUUAUUUCGUCCCUCUCAAGUGGACCGCGAAUAGACAGAAUCUACAGCAAAGUUGUAGAGUUGUUGUCUGAAGCAAAAUCAUUUCUCAGUGUUGCAUUGCAUGAUGAACAAAUGUUACUUGAGCGCCUUUAUGACACGGCAACAGAAAAGGCGAAGACGAGGGGAAAUUUGGGUGACAAACAAAGGCUGCAGUCUGCCAGAGAAUGUCACUCGGCGGAAAGCUACUUCUGGCUCAGUAGAGUGCAGCGUGAAGAAGGAAACCUGAGAGGAGCAAUUAAAUCUGCAAGAGUAGGCUCACGGCUAAAAAAGGAACGUCUAGGACAUCGUCCUAAUAGAGCGGUCAGCGUUUAUCAUAGAGGCGUUACGCAUGAUGUUAUGGGGGAUAGUGAUGUACUUAUUAAAGCAUUCCAUAAGGCAAAUAACGACGCAAAGCUGCCUGAGCGCAAAAAAACGCUACCCCGCUACUACAACGUUGGGGAGUCCAGCAAAGAGAAGGCGAGACGCUUUCUCCCGCUGGCUAGAAAGCAGCGAGAAGCAGGGAACCUGACAGGAGCAUUAGAGUCUGUAAACGAGGGAAUACGGCUAUGUCAGGAACUUUUAGGAGGUUAUUCCAAUAUUACAGCCUGUGCCUUUUUUGAGAAAGGCCAAAUACAUUUCGCUUUGGGAGAUAAUAAGUCAGCGGUUGAGGCAUUCCAGAAAGCGGCAGACAUGAUUUUCAGUUUACAGGGAUAUUGCAAUAGUACGGCGCACUACUACUUUCAUCUUGGUAUGGCGCAAUGUAAGUUGCAAAACCUUCAGGGGGCUCUAAAGUCUCUAAAAAGAGCACGCGACACGAGAUCACAUCUCCUUCAUAAUAACACUGAGAGAGCAGCACUUACCUAUUACACGCUUGGUGAAGUGCAGCGUGACACGGGAGACCUAAAAGGAGCUAUGGAGUCCUUACAAAGCGCGGCAAACAUCAGAUCAAAGCUGCUUGGUGAUCACAGGGACACGGCAAUUGCCUAUUACAGCCUUGGUUUAGUGCAGCGUGACAUGGGAGACCUUAAAAGAGCUUUGGAGUCCUUAGAAAGCGCGGCAAACAUCAGAUCAAAGCUGCUUGGUGAUCACAGGGACACGGCAAUUGCUUAUUACAGCCUUGGUUUAGUGCAGCGUGACAUGGGAGACCUUAAAAAAGCUUUGGAGUCCUUAGAAAGCGCGGCAAACAUCAGAUCAAAGCUGCUUGGUGAUCACAUGGACACGGCAAUUGCUUAUUACAGCCUUGGUUUAGUGCAGCGUGACAUGGGAGACCUUAAAAGAGCUUUGGAGUCCUUAGAAAGCGCGGCAAACAUCAGAUCAAAGCUGCUUGGUGAUCACAGGGACACGGCAAUUGCCUAUUACACGCUUGGUGAAGUGCAACGUGACAUGGGAGACCUAAAAGGAGCUAUGGAGUCCUUACAAAGCGCGGCAAACAUCAGAUCAAAGCUGCUUGGCGAUCACAAGGACACGGCAGUCAGCUAUUUCGAGCUUGGUAAAGUGCAACGCGACAUGGGAGACCUUAAAGGAGCCUUAGAUUCUUUACAAGGAGCAGCAAACAUGAUAUCAAAUGUGUUUGGUGAUCACGAAGACACGGCGACCAGCUACGAUUGGCUUGGCUCAGUGCAGCUUGACAUGGGAGACCUUAAAGGAGCUUUGGACUCGUUACAAAGAGCAGCAAACAUGAGAUCAAAUCUGCUUGGCGAUCACGAAUACACGGCGUCCAGCUACUAUUGGCUUGGUUUAGUGCAACGUGACAUGGGAGACCUUAAAGGAGCUUUGGCAUCGUUACAAAAAGCAUCUUACAUGGAAUCAAAUGUGCUUGGUGAUCACAAAGACACGGCACUUAGUUACCAUUGGCUUGGUUUAGUGCAGCGUGACAUGAGAGACCUUAAAGGAGCUUUGGACUCGUUACAAAGAGCAGUAACCAUGGGAUUAAAUCUGGUUGGUGAUCACGAAGACACGGCAUCUAGCUACCACAAUCUUGGCUUAGUGCAAUGUGGCAUGGGAGACCUUAAGAGAGGUUUGGAUUCUUUACAAAGAGCAGUAAACAUGAGAUUAAAUCUGGUUGGUGAUCACGAAGACACGGCAUCUACCUACCACAAUCUUGGCUUAGUGCAAUGUAACAUGGGAGACCUUAAACGAGGUUUGGAUUCUUUACAUAGAGCAGCAAACAUGAGAUCAAGUGUGCUUGGUGAUCACGAGGACACAGCUUCAAGCUUUUUUAAGCUUGGUGUAGUGCAGAGGAAAGCGGGAGACCUGGAAAGCGCCUUGGAGUCUGUACAGGAGAGCUUACGAUUGAGGAAGGAUUUGUUAGGAGAUCAUCCCAAUACAGCCGACAGCUUUCACGAGCAAGGCACUAUCCAUCUUGCCAUGGGUGAUUUUACGUCAGCUGUUGAGGCACUUCAGAAAGCAGCCGAAAUGAAUUUCAAUCUGCGCAGAGAUCACAUAAACACGGCACAUAGCUACUACAGCCUUGGUAUUGCACAGAAAAAAAUAAAGGACCACGAGGAAGCUUUGGACUCUUUGCAAAAAGCAGCAUGCGUGCAAUCAAAUCUGCUUGGUGAUCACGAACACACGGCGUUCAGCUACCAUAACCUUGGUUUAGUGCAGCGUGACAUGGGAGACCUUAAGGGGGCUUUAAAUUCUUUACAAAGAGCAGCAAACAUGAGAUUAAGUGUGCUUGGUGAUCACAAGGACACCGCUUCCAGCUUUUUUGAGCUUGGUGUAGUGCAGAAGAAACUGGGAGACCUGGAAAGUGCCUUGGAGUCUGUACAGGUAAGCUUGCGAUUGAGGAAGGAACUUUUAGGAGAUUAUCCUAAUACAGCCGACAGUUUGUAUGAGCAAGGCAUUCUCCAUUGUAUUAUGGGUGAUAGUAAGUCAGCUGUUGAGGCACUACAGAAAGCAGCAGAUAUAAAUUUUAAUUUCCGCAGGGAUCACAUAAACACGGCACGUCACUGCCACAGCCUUGGUAUUGCACAGGAAUUGAUGGGGGACCAGAAGGGAGCUUUGGACUCUUUACAAAAAGCAGCAUGUAUGCAAUCAAAUCUGCUUGGUGAUCACGAAGACACGGCAUGCAGCUACCACAAGCUUGGUUUAGUGCAGCGCGAUAUGGGAGACCUGAAAGGAGCUUUGGACUCCUUAAACAAAGCAGCGAACAUGAGAUCAAAUUCGCUUGGUGAUCACGAAGACACUGCCAGCAGCUACCAUGAGCUUGGGGUUGUGCAACAUGGAAUGGGAGACCUGAAAAGAUCUUUGCAAUCUUUAAAAAAAGCAUUAGACAUGAGAACUAAUCUUUUGGGUGAUCACGGAGAUACGACGAGCAGCUUCAAUGAAUUACGUGUCGUGCGGGAAAAACUGUCAUCACGGCGUUCUUUAUUUGGCAAAGUAUUUCGGCGGAAAAAUCGACACGAAAAUAAUAAGUUAUAA